UAGAGUUAUACUCUAAUAUAUGAGCCCCGCCCAUAAACAAAGCAAAAUAUAGGGGAAAAAUUGCGCGCCAUGAAUCGUGCAAUAUUCAUUCAUUCAUCUGUUGUUCGUGUUUAUGUUUAUGGAACACGUGUGCAGCACGUCAGAGAGCUAGAGUCGAAGGCACGUCUCAGUUGCUGUUCCUAUAUUUUAGUAAGGAGAGCAUAUUUUGGUCUAUCAUCUGAGCAAACCACUACAACAGGAAAAAUAUUUACUGCAAGAAUGUCAACAGACCAGAAUGCAUCACCAUCCAAGAGUGUAUUUCUCAAACAAGAGACCAUUCACAAAGAAAAAUGGUUGUCAUUAGAGAGAGUAACAUACAUGGAUCCUAGAGGAAGAGAGAGAACCUGGGAAGUGGCUGAAAGAACAACUAAACCAAAAAAAGAAGGAGCCAGUGAUUGUGUUGCUAUGAUAGCCAUACUCAAUAGAUUGCUCCACUAUGAUUGUAUUGUACUCGUCAAACAAUUUCGGCCACCUAUUAAAUGCUAUACUAUUGAAUUUCCUGCUGGAUUAGUUGAGCCAAAUGAAAGCUUAGAGGAAACAGCACUUAGAGAAUUGAAAGAAGAGACGGGAUAUACAGGAACAGUGUUAUCAGUAUCUCCAGGUACAGUUUUAGACCCAGGCAUAUCAUCAUCUACGUGUAGCUAUGUUCAUGUUCAAGUAAGUUUGAUAAUUUUUAAUACUCUUGACUUGACUAUGGACAGCUAG